AUGAAGAUCAUAAUUGUAGUUCUGUUGGCUGUCGCAGUGGCAGCAGAGCAGAAGAGGGAAGCUGAGCCCCACCAUGGAUACGCUGGAUACCACGGUUUCCCCUACUACUCAUACGGCUACAAUUAUGGAGUCCCUUCUCAUGUACAUGCUGUAGGUAAACGUGAAGCAGAACCGCAUUAUGGACACUAUGGAGGCUACGGUUACACGCACGGACAACUGUAUGCACCUCACGCCCAUUCCUACGUCUACACCCACGGCAUCGGCAAGAGGGAGGCUGAAGCAGCCCCUGAGCCUCAUUAUAGAGGCUACGGAUACCCGUAUGGAUACCUGUAUGCCCCACACGCCCACUCCUACGUCCAUAUCCACGGCAUCGGCAAGAGGGAGGCUGAGGCUGACCCUGAGCCUCAUUAUAGAGGCUACGGAUACCCGUAUGGAUACCUAUAUGCCCCACACGCCCACUCCUACGUAUACACCCACGGCAUCGGCAAGAGGGAGGCUGAGGCUGAUCCUGAGCCUCAUUAUGGAGUUUAUGGUCAUGGCCUUUAUCGCCCUUAA